AUGACCUUGAGCGACAAUGAAUUGCCUCAUUUCGGGGGUUGUACAGCUUGUAGCGCCCCGAGGUCCUCUUUGAUACUUCGCCAGGAUGGUCUUAUUCUUGAACUUCUUCUAAAAAACUAA